AUGUCCUCCUCGGCGCGCUCGCCAACGCGACCGCCGGCCGCAACCUCAGCAAGCGCAGGCGCUGGUGGCGCCGUCGUCGACCUCCUCGGCGGUGCGUUUGGCGCCGUCGGCGGUGGCAGGACCCACGCGUCGCUCUCGCCGCCCACCACCCUCAGCCCGUCCAUCCCGCCGUUCGUGCGCCUGGGCCUGACGGCGGCGUACACGGCCGCCUACUCGCUGCUCUUCGCCUUCGUCUACGCGCAGCUCUGGCUGGUGCUGCGCUACCGCCACAAGCGCUUCAGCUACCAGACCAGCUUCCUCUUCCUGUGCCUGGUGUGGGCCGCCCUGCGCGCCGUUCUCUUCUCCUUCUACUUCCGCGACUGCGUGACGGCCAACGCGCUCGGGCCCUUCGCCUUCUGGCUGCUCUACUGCUGCCCCGUCUGCCUGCAGUUCUUCACGCUCAGCCUCAUGAACCUGUACUGCGCACAGGUCUUCUUCAAGGCAAAGUCCAAGUUCUCCCCUCAGCUGCUCAAGUACAAGAUGCCCCUCUACCUGCUCUUCGUCUUCAUGAGCCUUCUCUUCCUGCUGGUGAACCUCACGUGCGCGCUCCUCGUGAAGACCACGGACACACAGGUGAAGACCAUCGUCCUGGUGCGCGUCACCAUCAACGACACACUCUUUGUCCUCUGCGCCAUCUCCCUGUCCGUCUGCCUCUACAAGGUGGCCAAGAUGUCCCUCGCCAGCAUCUACCUGGAGUCAAAGGGAACAUCCGUGUGUCAGGUGACCCUGAUUGGGAUCAUGGUGGUUCUCCUGUAUGCUUCCAGGGCGUGCUACAACCUGGUGGUCCUGGCUCUGACCGACAUAGAGAGCAUCAACUCCUUUGAUUAUGACUGGUACAACGUAUCAGAUCAGGCAGACCUGAGGUCUACUCUGGGGGAUGCGGGCUACAUCGUGUUCGGGGUGAUCCUGUUCGUCUGGGAGCUGCUGCCCACCUCUCUUGUGGUCUUCUUCUUCAGGGUCCGCAAACCCACCCAGGACAAGAGUACUCACUCGGCCAUCCCCAGCCACGUGUUCUCCAACAGACGGUACUUCUUCGACAACCCCAGACGGUACGACAGUGACGACGACCUGGCCUGGAGCAUCCUACCCCAGAGCACCUCCACCAGCCUGUCCACAGACUGCUACGACUGGAGCAGCCGUGGCGGCAGCAGCAGUUUCCUGGUCAACGUUGUGAGUGAGGAGCGGCGGUCGUCUGCGACCUCCAGCCAGCUCAACCCUUAGUGACCGCCGAGCGCCAUCGUCCCUCAGCAUCCAGACGAGACGCAGUCACAUUCCUGCCCCCAUUCCAAUGCUAUUUACAGGAACAUGGACACUAUGUUCUUAUGUGGCGCACCCACCAACAUUUUUGAAACUAGCUGUAUCUAUAGUAACAGAUAACAAUGGACUCGGAGGUGUGGAAUACUACCAACUGUGGGUGGUGCUGCAGUGGGGUCAGGAUGCAGGGACAGACCCCCUGAUUGGGCCAAAGCCAUGUCCAUGAUGUUGACUUUUGAAUUGAUAGGCUGUGGUUGCUGAUUGGCAGGAUGUUUAGGGGUGGGUAUGUGGUCUCUGACUUCCUUCAUAAUGGUACCUGUGUUUUGGUGACAUUUGGGUUAUUGGAGAGACAUGCCAGUGAUGCUGGAUCCAUGACCCUCAUCACUUCUCAUGGUAUCACAGAUGACCGAGUUCAAUUUACAUUUACCAGACACUUAUAUCGAAAGCAACUUACAGUAAAGUACAGGUACAGGACAUAUAUUUACUGGACAAUUAAUGGGCAUGCAGGAGUAAACAAAGUUUAACUUUCACUUUAAAUUUCAGUAAUGUCUGUUGUCUUAGAAUCAAACUCACCAGUCGAAGACAGCUCAGAGUAUUGACUCCCCUGAGAAUCAGACUCGUGACUCCUUGGGAAUCAGAGCGAUGGCUCAACUGGGAAUCAGACUGAGACUGAGAAUCAGACCCAGUGAUUCCCAGGGUCCUGCACGACAUCUGCAUGCAUUCAUCCAGUGAGCACAGCAGAAGUACAGGACAUCAGACCAUGCACUGGACAUCAGACAUAUAUAACUGGACAUCAGCCCAUACACUGGACACCAUACCUUCUCCAAAACAGUUCUCAAACGCUGCUUCUUCUUGUCCCCAGUCCCCUUAAGCGAGGUGUAACAGUCAAGUGUUCAAGGAUACUUAGGUCAUGUCAGAGAUAUUUGUACGUCCUCAGUCACAGACCUGAGGCCUGUGUUUGUUCUCUGUGAUCCAAAGUUGAGUACAGUCAAACUGAUCAGCUGUCAGCCCGGCAGGGCAGGAGGUCACCAAAGCUUCUCCUUAAAGGCCGUUCUCAGCAAGAACCUGGUUUUUGUCUGUAAAACUAUGCUAUAAUGAAGGCAUCAUCUGAACAGCCAACUUUCAAGACUGACCAAAACAGAAAUAUAUUUUGGCCUGAGAUGCAAUGGAUUUUUUCUAAAAAAUAAAUGAAUAAAAUUCACAAGUGUCAGACAGAACAUAACAGUGCGAGUCUCACACCAAAUGUUUGAGAGUUGGCGACUAUGACAUCAUGAUACUAUUGAGUAUGCAGACAAAGCACGUCAUCAUAUUUGCUUUGAGUAUUAUUUAUCAAAUCUGCAACAAUGUGGUUUCUGUCUUGAAUUAUGAUUGUGAGAGUUUUAUAUUUGCAUUGAAUAUGAUAUAUAUAUAUUUUUAUGUUUACGUUUGAACUGGAGCAUUUAGUGAUGCACAAUGCACAGUAGUUUAGCUACUUUUAGCACACUUGUGACAGCAUAAAUGUUGUGAAUGUUUCAUUAUAUUAUUUAUAAACUGUGAAAUGGAAAUUAAAAGGUAUUUGUGACAAACUAAA